CGGCAGCCUCCGGCGGCGGGGUAAGUGGCCGGUGUAAGGGAAUCCAGUGUCAGGUCAGUUUACCAGCACCUGAAUAUCGUUGAUAUUUACAUGUGGAAGAGGAGAUGAUGGCCUAUUUUAUUUCUGAGAAGAGAUUACAAAGCACAGUCUGAGCAGCAGGUCAGUGAGACCCACAGACGUGAGUGAGAGUGUUCAUGAACACUGACUGUGGAAGGAGCUUUAGCCAGUUACACAGCACAGAAGACAGUGCAACAGUCACACAAAGGAGAAACCAAACACGUUCUGUGUGUGUGAGGUUUUGAUGAACCAGCCUGGAGGGAAACCAGAAAAGAUUUCUUUGACUCCGAAGUUGAAAUAUUUCCUUGGUAAAAGUGGGUUGUUGAUUCUUUGAAAAGAAACAAUUCCCUGUCCCAGCUGGAAACUUGUGCGUCUGCUUUGAGUGUGGAAUGAAGUUCAGUGUUUUAUGAUCUUGUUGAAACACAGUUGUUUUUAAAGCAUUGAUCAACUGCUGUGAGAUCACACCAACCAUCCUCACUGCCCGGAACGUGGGAAGGAUUCACUAUGUCAUCCAACAUGAUGAAACACCAGCAGGUUCGUACCAAGGAGAAACCAUUCACCUGCUUGGAGUGCGGGAAGGGAUUCAAUCGGUCAUCUGACCUGCUGACACACCAGCGGGUUCACACCGGGGAGAGGCCGUACACCUGCUCCGAGUGCGGGAAGGGGUUCACUCGAUCUUCCCACCUGAUGAGACAUCAGGGAGUUCACACCGGGGAGAGGCCGUUCACCUGCUCGGAGUGUGGGAAGGGUUUCACUGAGUCAUCCCACCUGCUGGCACACCAGGUAGUUCACACCGGAGAGAGGGCCUUCAUCUGCUCGGAGUGCGGGAAGGGAUUUAUCCACUCAUCCCACCUGCUGACGCACCAGCGGAUUCACACCGGGGAGAGGCCAUUCACCUGCUCUGAUUGUGGGAAAGGGUUCUCCUGGUUAUCACAGCUGCUGAUACACCAGCGAGGUCACACUGGGGAGAGGCCGUUCACCUGUCCUGAGUGCGGGAAGGGAUUCAUUCAAUCAUCCCACCUGCUGACACACCAGCGAGUCCACACCGGGGAGAGGCCGUUCACCUGCUCCGAGUGCGGGAAGGGCUUCACUCAGUCGUCGUACUUGGUCAAUCACCAACGCAUCCACACCGGCGAGAGGCCGUUCACCUGCUCCGAGUGCGGGAAGGGGUUCACUCAGUUAUCCAACCUGCUGACACACCAGAUCGUUCACACGGGGGAGCGGCUGUUCACCUGCUCUGAGUGCGGGAAGCGAUUCACUCGGUCAGCCUACCUGGCGAUACACCAGCGGGUUCACACUGGGGAGAAGCCGUUCAACUGCCCUGAGUGCGGGAAGAAGUUCAACCAAUCAUCCCACCUGCUGAAACACCGGCGAGUUCAUUCUGGGGAGAAACGCGGGUCGACCUUCACAAGAAACCAACUCCCGCCGGUGCACUGUAACCAAAUCACUGCAGAUGCCGCAGACUUGGAAUUUAGCCAAGGAGGUCCUGGAGGCUUUGUUGCCGAAGGCAGAGAAGGCCUCGCGGCACAGAAAACGGUCUAUCUCGCUUGCAGCCCCUCCGGCAGAAAGCGGAAGCGGAGACCCGGGCAUGCGCGGUGGAGGCUGCGAGGGGAGCGGAGGUUGCGGAGGGUUGAGGCUGGAGGCUGGAGCGGAGCGGGUAGAGGUCGGUCCCCGGGCCCAGCUCGGUCCCAGUCAUUUUACAGGGUGUCCGUGAUGGAGGAUUCACAGACAGGGAGCUCAAACCAGACGAUACGUCAGGACCUGCCAGAGACGCUCGAUUUACCUGAACAUCGCCGCCCUUUGAAUGUGGAAGCAAAAGGCUCUGUUCACAGCGGGAAGGAGCAGUUCACGUGUUCCGAGUGUGGGCGAGGCUUCAACAGAGCAUCCGGACUGUCGAGGCAUCAGCGCAGUCACAGAGGGGAGAAGCCCUGGAAGUGUGGGGACUGCGGGAAGGGGUUCAACUACGCGUCCCAGCUGGAGAUCCACCGCCGUCGUCACACCAGGGAGCAACCGUGGAAGUGCGGGGACUGCGGGAAGGGGUUCAGUUACCCGUCCCAGCUGGAGAUCCACCGCCGCAGUCACACCGGGGAGAGGCCGUUCACCUGCUCCGAGUGCGGGAUGGGAUUCACCCACUCGUCCAGCCUCCUCACGCACCAGCGGGUUCACACUGCGGAGAGACCGUUCACCUGCUCCGAGUGUGGGAAGGGCUUCACCCGGUCCUGCCACCUCCUCAGGCACCACCAAGUCCACAUCGGGGAGAAACUGUUCACCUGUUCCAUGUGCGGGAAGGGGUUCACUCAGUCGUCCUGCCUUCUCAGGCACCAGCGAGUCCACACCGGGGAGAAGCCCUUCACUUGCUUCCUGUGCGGGAAGGCGUUCAGUCAGACCUUCAACCUUCACGCUCACCAGCGGGUCCACACCGGGGAGAGGCCCUUCACCUGCUUCACCUGCGGGAAGGGCUUCACUCAGUCGUCCAACCUCCUCACACACCAGCGCGUGCACACGGGGGAGAGGCCGUUCACCUGCUCCGACUGUGGGAAGGGCUUCGGUGGUUUGUCCAGUCUGCGGAAACACCGGCAAAUCCACAAAGCAGGUGAACGGCAUGUCCCCAGUGUGAAUCCGCUGGUGUUUGAGCAGAUACGAAGAAUACGCAAAUCCCUUCCCGCACACGGAGCAGGUGAACGGCCUCUCCCCGGUGUGAAUUCUCUGGUGUUGGAACAGCGCCGGACGGGGAGGAAGAAAUGGCCGACUGAGUACCCACAAUCCCCCACGGGCCAGAAACCGCCCUACCCACAACGGCCCCGGAGAACGCGCAUGCGCCCCCCGGGCCACACGGGGCCGGGUCGACGACGAGCCCGGGGUCGGCGGCCGGAGGGAGGGCCGAGCCCUGCGGCGGCCCGCUGCGUUCCCGCAGCUCGCACCCAUUUACCCUCGGCCGAAGCCCGGCGGCCGCUGGGGCCCCUGACCCAGCCUCGGGAGUUGAUUGAAACCACCACCCGGCCCCCUCCGUUCCUACCCGCCGCCAUCCUUCUCGAAGGAUCGAGAGUCCGGGCCACCGGCGCGCUGACCACACACAAGUCUGUGAAUUCAGGGCAGAGCGCUUGUCCCAGUGGGAUCAAUGGCCGCCUCCUUACCCAGAACGCCCCGCGCCCGAGAAACCGCCUCGCCCGCUGCGGUGCCUCGCCCCUCCCCCACCCCACGCUUCGCUUCCCCUCCGGGUCUCCCCUCCCGUCCUCCAGGGUCCCGGCCGGUCUCACGGUCCCCGAUCUGCUGCUUCCUCCCGAGUAUACCGACUGCAUAGCCCAGCACCCCCGCCUCCCGCCGCCGAGCUCCCUCCUCCCCGCCGCUCCUUGUGCGAGCGGCGAACAUCCGGAUCCUGUCGUCGCAGUGCGCAUGCUCGGGACUCCGGCAGCCGCAGUCCAGCGCCUGCGCUCUCGGCUCGUGUUGGGUGCAAACAGCCGCGGUGAGAAGUAUUUUAAAGCUGCCUUUUCCCGGCCUCGGGAGCUCCCAAAUUACCCUGCAGCCGGUCACGGUUGGAAAAGCGAAAGCCAAGUGAUUCCCAGCCGCGAAUGUCACGAUGACAACCACAAGACAGCACCUCCUCUUCCGGACCCCACAUUAAAUUCAAGGCUGGGUGACAGCCUUUUCAGGGCCCGCUGUGCAUCGCGGGACCGACUGGUCCGGCAGGAGCCCCCCUCCCCCCGACAGUGGCGGUGGUGCGCCGGGGCUGCUUCACCGAGCCGUCCCGGGACCCCACCGAAAUCACGGCCGGGGUUCAGCCCUCCCAUCCGCCGCCGUGUCCCCAGGACUUCCAUUAGAGGGACUUUCCUCGCUGUGGGACUGGGACAGAGUUCAUUGAUUGACUCUCCUGUUCAAAACACUCUCAUCUCCGGAACAAUGAGCCCAUUUCGGUGUGCGGGCUGCGGGAAAGACUUUAGACGAUCCGGCGAUCUGAUUAAACACCAGCGAGUUCACACUGGAGAGACGCCGUUCAUCUGCUCCGAGUGCGGGAAGGGAUUCAACCAGUCCUCCAACCUGCUGACGCACCAGCGGGUUCACACCGGGGAGAAGCCCUUCAUCUGCUUGGAGUGCGGGAAGGGGUUCAGUCAGUCGUCUUCCUUGCUGACGCACCAGCGGGUUCACACCGGGGAGAGGCCGUUCACCUGCAUGGAGUGCGGGAAGGGGUUCGCCGAGUCGGUUAACCUGACCCGGCACCAGCAGGUCCACACCAGGGAGAAGCCAUUCACCUGCUCCGAGUGCGGGAAGGAGUUCGCUGGGUCGGCUAACCUGAUUAGACACCAGCGGGUUCACACCGGGGAGAGGCCGUUCAUCUGCUCCCAGUGCGGGAAGGGAUUCACUGAGUCAGCUAAUCUCACCAGACACCAGCGGGUUCACAGCAGGAAGAAGCCACUUACCUGCUCCAAGUGCGGAAAGGGAUUCUCUCGGUCAUCUGAACUGGUGACGCACAAACGAAUCCACACCGGGGAGUGGCCGUUCACCUGCUCCGAGUGCGGGAAGGGAUUCCACUGUUCGUCCCAACUGCUGACACACCAGCGGGUUCACACCGGCGAGAGGCCGUUCACCUGCCCCGAGUGCGGGAAGGGAUUCGCUGAGUCGGCUAAACUGACGAGACACCAGCGGGUUCACACCCGGCAGAGGCUGUUCACCUGUUCUGACUGUGGGAAGGAGUUCACUGAAUCGUCCAGCCUGCUGACGCACCAGCGAGUUCACACUGGGGAGAGGCCGUUCAUUUGCACUGAGUGUGGGAAGGGAUUCAGUUGCUCGUCCAACCUGCUGAGACACGAGCGAGCUCACAAGAGAGAGAAAAAAAUGGAGCAGGUCAUCCUUGGAUCAGGAGGCUGUGACGUGGGAUCGUUACAGGGAUCGUGGCCGGUGAUCCAGCGGAUUGGGAAUGAGGGGACCAAGUACAAUGCAGCCGGGUCUGCUGAUGAUACAAAGCUGGACGGGAGCUGCAGUUGUGAGGAGGAGGCGGGGAGGCUUCAGGGUGGAUGUCGAGGUGCUGGGUGUGUGAGCAAGGACAUGGCAGAUGGAAUGUGCAGCCACUGCCCGCCCACCCGCUGCGGACAGUCCGCAGUCUCUGGGAAGGGUGGGUGGGGUCAGAAACCAAUGACGGCCGGCGUACCCACAAUCCCCCGCGCCCCAGACACCGCCCCGCUGACGCCGGCACCGCCCCCCCCACCCGGCAAGGCGCAUGCGCCGCUCCAGGCGCGCGGAGCAUGCUGGGCCGGGGCUGGGGGGCACCGGGACUGUCCCGGCGUGGGGGGACCGGAACUGUCCCGGCGUUGGGGGGGGGGCACCGGGACUGACCCGGCGUGUCAGCCCGCGUGGGUUCUCCCCCAGCCGGGGGGAGCUGCUCCCUUGGUCCCGGACCCUGGUCCAGAGGGGGUGUUGAUUAAACCCCCUUCCCGGCGCUCAGCUCCGAUCCGCCGCCGAGGUCCCGGAGCCUCCGUCAGACCGCGGAGGGACCUUCACCCGCUGUUCACUGGUGCGCACUCUACAGCGAUGAACAUACCCCAGUGUUCUGACUGCGGGAAGCACUUCACUGAAUCCAGUGAUCUGAUCACACACCAGCGGGUUCACACCGGGGAGAGGCCGUUCACUUGCCCCGAGUGCGGGAAGGGGUUCAACUGGUUAUCCUCCUUUCUGAGACACCAGCGGGUUCACACUGGCAAGCGGCCGUUCACCUGCUCGCAGUGCGGGAAGGGGUUCACUGAGUCUUCCCAUCUGCUGAGACACCAGCAAGUCCACACUGGGGAGAGGCCGUUCACCUGCCCCGAGUGCGGGAAGCGGUUCAAUUGGUCGUCCUCCCUGCUGACCCACCAGCGGGUCCACACUGGGGAGAGGCCGUUCACCUGCUCCGAGUGCGGGAAGGGAUUCACCGAUUCAUCCGCCAUGCGAAGUCACCAGCGAGUUCACACCAGGGAGAGGCCUUUCAUUUGCUCCACAUGCGGGAAGAAAUUCAGUCUGUCGUCCAGCCUGCUGACCCACCAGCGGGUUCACACUGGGGAGAGGCCGUUCACCUGCCCCGAGUGUGGGAAGGGGUUCACUCGACCAUCAGACCUGGUGACGCACCAGCGAGUUCACACGGGGGAGAGGCCGUUCACCUGCCCCGAGUGUGGGAAGGGGUUCACUCGACCAUCAGACCUGGUGACGCACCAGCGAGUUCACACGGGGGAGAGGCCGUUCAUCUGCUCUGAGUGCGGGAAGGGAUUCACUCAGUCGUCUAGCCUGGUGACGCACCAGCGAGUUCACACGGGGGAGAGGCCGUUCAUCUGCUCCGAGUGCGGGAAGGGAUUCAUUCGGUCACCUGCUCUGAUAAAACACCAGCGAGUUCACACUGGGGACAGGCCGUUCACCUGCUCUGACUGCGGGAAGGGGUUCACUCAGUCAUUAUACCUGCAGAGACACCAGCGAGUUCACACCAGUGGGAAUGUUUAAAUAUGUGUAAUGUUUAAAUAUCUGAGCCACUGAUAAGUUGUAUUCCGCAGUUACUGAGUCUGCUCAUCACCUAGAUUGAAUCCAGAUCAUUGGGAACAAGCGGGUUCAAUUCCGGCCACUGUCUGUAAGGAGUUUGUAUGUUCUCCUGUGACUGCGUGGGUUUCCUCCGGGUGCUCUGGUUUCCUCCCACAUUCCAAAGACGGACGGCUUAGGAAGUUGUGGGCGUGCUAUGUUGGCACCAGAAGCGUGGCGACACUUGCGGGCUGCCCCCAGAACAGUCCACGCAAAAGAUGCAUUUCACUGUGUGUUUCG